GAAUUUACCACGAAACUGCUUACCGGCAGCCGAAUUUUCACAAUGGGCUUGGAACCGACGUCGAGCGAUAACGAAACAGAAUAUGACGCGGUGAUUAGACAUAUUAUGCCUGUACUCUUCACGUGGAGCCACGUAUCCAACACGAUAAAUAUCACCGUCGCAGCGUUGCGUUGCCUGGGCCCCAGCAAUGUCACCUGUGGCAGCCGAGAUCUCGACGCAUCAAAUAAAACAGGCAAUGGGGACAAUGGAAAUGGCGAUCAUCCGGGUAUCGCCGGUACUUACUCUGUACCCAAUCUUGGGGCAACACUGCUGUUGGAGGUUUCCGCCUCUUGUUUUAUGUUUUUAUAA